UGCAUAAUUUAGAGAGAGAAGAUCUGACUUUUUGAGAGAGAAAAUAUGUGGGGGUGAGGGAGGAGGGAGAUCAUGAGAGUUAUUAUAGGAUUUAAAAGAGGAAGUGUGGAGCGAGAAUUUGGCCUAAGAAUGAGACAUAUAUUUUUAAAUUUAUGUUAAUUAUUUAAAAAACCAGAAAAAGAAAAAAAAAACACUUGCUUUAAUAAUCUACACUUAAAAUUAUUUGUUUGGCUCCUAAAGAAUAAAAAUUUUCUGCAUUAUGUCUCUCAGACAAACAAACAGCUAUUGUUUGAGAAAAAUCCGAAAUCUUUUGGGAUUCUUUCUCUCUUUCUCCAUUCAUAUACACAUAUGCUCACUCUCUCCCUCUCCCUCUCCCUCUCCCUCUCUCUCUCUCUCUCUCUCUCUCUCUCUCUUCAAUCUUUUAGCUAAAAGAUUGGCUAUGCUAUUGGGUUCUUGAAAUUCCUCUUAUAGUUUGCUGUUAUAUUCUGUUAGAUUUUGAUUUCAAAUUAUGGUUUCUUGAAAUUUCAAGAUUUGGGUUUGUAUAAAUGUGUGUGUGUCUCUCUCUCUCUCUUUCUCCAUAUCUUCUUAGAAUGCCAAAGUACAAGGGAAAAUGAUUUAGUGCUAGCCAGUUGCAAGGAAAAGUAGAUUUUGAGUGUGCGUCUCUCUCUAAAUUUUUGUGUCUAUGCUUGGAACAUUUUUCAAGUUUCUUAAUAUUCUUAACAAGAAUGGUCAAAGGGGAUCCAAGAAAAUGAUAUAGCAAAUAUAGUUAGCAUGAAAAUCAAGAUUUGAAUCUUUCUUUUAAAUCUUUUCACAUACAUGGGUGUUUCGAAUUCUUAAAAAUUAUUGUAUUUACAGUAUUACAUAAUUUUAUUAGCAGAUGGAAGAUUACAAGAAUGGCUCAAGAAGAAGAGCCCCAAAAGUGUAGCAAUAGUAAUAGUGGUGGUGGUGGUAGUGGUGUUAAUCUUGGAAACUCAGGUAUUAAAUCAUCCAAGAAACAAAAGCAAAAGAAAGUCCCACAAAGAGGACUUGGUGUUGCACAACUAGAAAAGAUCAGAUUAGAAGAGCAAAGAAAGAAAGAUGGUUCUAUGCUUUUGACAUCUAAAACUCCUAUUUCAUCAUCACCACCAAAAACUUCCAUUAAUCAUCACUCUUCAUCAGUGACAACUCCAAAUUAUUAUUAUCAUCAUCAUCCCUCUUAUUCCUCUCCUUCAUCAAUCCCUAAUUACCCUUCUGAUAUCACAUCAUCACCAAAUUCAUCACUUAAGCCUCAAAGUUUUGAUGUUCUUAACUCAAACAUUACUGCUCUUCCAUUAAAUAACCCUUUGGGUUGGCAAUCAGUUUCUGUUCAUCAAGGGCAUGGAAAUGUAACCAAGAUUUGGAAUAGUUCUUCUGAUCAGUACAAUCUUGAAAAUGAGAAUCAUGGGGUUGAUCCUCGAUUAGCUUUCCGAUCGAGUUUGAAUCUGCCUUAUGAAUCCAAUCCCAUUUGGCCUCUGCAGAGUUUGAUAGAAAGAACACAAUAUCAACCUCCUCCUCCUUCAUUGGUGAAUGCCUCAUCAAUAAAUACAGCAGCAUCUCUUUUAAAUUUGCAUAUGGAGCUCCCUUCAAACCAAAACUAUUAUGGCAAUUAUACACCUAUUUGGCCUGAGGAAGAAAAGAUGGUUGGCAUCAAGAGGCCAUAUCCCUUUUCUCAAGACAAUCCUCCUUUUCACUGCAAGAUUCCUACUAUUAUUCACCCCAUUGGCAGAUCAGAUGAUUCAACUUCAUUUGGCAAUGGAAGCAUUUUCAAUCUCACCACUCCUACCAGCCCUAAUUUCAGAGAUGGCACUUUAUGUUCUGAUUCAAUGUCAGAGCCUAAGCCUAACUCAAAGAAAAAUAAUACAGAAAAUGAGGAUUUCAAUGGAGAUUUUCUCACACUAGCCCCACCUGUAACUACUUUGUCUUGCCCAAAUUCUAAGUUGGAGAGAUCUUCACCGGCUCAUCUUACUUACCAAAAUGAAACCACUUUUGAUUUUGAUUCAUUACCUUACCAGGGUAUCAUUGAAAAUCCAAUGCUUCAGCCAGGAGCAAGUGCAACAAAUCAAUUGCAGCCUUACUAUAGCUUUCUGCCACCAGCAAUAUUGCAAAUUGGCCAAGCAACAAGAACUAUUAACAAUUAUAAUGGUGGUGAAGUAAGAGAAAAUAUUGAUCUCAGUUUGAAGUUGUAAAUCACAACAGUAGCAAAUUUGUUUUUUUUUUUUUUUCUUUUUGGUUACCCAAUUCUCCUUUAUAUGGUGUAUCAUUGGCAGGCCAAUUGUUUCUCUAAGAAAAGAUGACCUCAAUGGAAAUUUUUAUCUUUUUCUUA